CGACACACGUCACCCGCUUCGUCAUCACACUGCCCACAACAAACAUGGCGGAAUCUUGUCUUUGAACUUGUGGGCGGAUUGUAGUGGGUCGGGCACUGCUGAGCUGUCGGUGGGAUGAGGAGUGCGAUGUGUCCGGUGUAGCAUGGCAGCAGGCGGCCGGGGAAAUGCCCAACUUCCCGCUGACCUCGCCUCUAUGGGGAGCCCGCCCGGUCCUGGAGAUCAGCGGUGCCCCCUGCAGGCAGACCCCGCGGAAACGCACUGGCAGCGGCAGGAGAACGAGCUGCAGGUCCUGGAGGCCAUCUAUGGGGAGGAAGACUUCACUGAUCUGCGCAAAACUUGUGCAUGGAAGGUGAAGCAGCCCCCAGAAGUUACCAUCUCAUUGCGCCCUCAAGGUAACGAGUUUCACGUCCAACUGGACCUUUGGGUGAAAUGUCCACAGAUGUACCCUGAUGUCCCACCUGAAAUAAAGCUGAAGAACGUGAAGGGUUUAUCAAAUGAAAAUGUGAAUUCCUUAACUUGCAGUUUAGAAGAACUCGCCAAAACACUAUGUGGAGAGGUGAUGAUUUAUCAGCUUGCGGACCACGUACAAUCUUUCCUAACUGAACAUAACCACCCACCUCCCAAAUCCUUUCAUGAGGAGAUGCUAAAGAACCUACAGAGACAGCAGGAGAAAAUCGCUCUGGAAGAAGAAAAAAGAAUUCAAGAGCAAAAAUGGAGAGAGGAGCAAACGAGGCGUGAAAUCCUUGAUGAAAUCAGAAGAAGGGAAGAAGAGAAAAAGGAAGAGAAACGAAGGAAAGAGAUUGAAAAGCAGGAACGACUUGAAACUGCUAACUUGACCUGCCAGGAAAAUUCGACUAAGAAUUUUAAUAAUGCAGGGCCUAAGACCUCAACAACUAAUGGCGGGCUUGCUGAUCAUGGAGGAAAUAACCGGAUUCGCACCACAUCUGUUGGCCGAUCCAAACGUGACCGACAGCAAUCUGUGUGCAGCGAUGACAAUGUAUCUAACUACGAGAUGCAAACAUUUGACAUCGGUUGCAGCGGUCAGUUAGUUGUACACAGGGGCAAGUGCUUAGGAAAGGAUGAGCAACUAGGGAAAGCCAUUUAUAAUGGGUUAGAAAUUACAUCUGGGCAUUUUGUUGUCAUUUAUGAAUGGGUUCUACAAUGGCAAAAGAAGAUGGGCAAGUUUCUUACCAGUCAAGAAAGAGAAAAAGUUGACAAGUGUAAAAAGCAGAUUCAAGGUGCAGAAGCAGAGUUUAAUUCCCUCAUCAAACUUAGUCAUCCGAAUAUUGUGCAUUAUCUCGCCAUGCGAGUUGAAGAAAAUGUAGAUUCCAUUUCUGUCGGAAUCAUAGCGGAGCAUGUGAAUGGUUCUGAGCUCUCCUGCUUCCUUGAACAGGAUAUUCCCGUUCCUGUGGACCAACUCAGAAUCUAUACAAAACAGCUUCUGUCCGCUCUGGACUUUUUGCAUAGUAAUUCAGUGGUACACAAAGUGUUAUGUGCCUCCAGUGUGCUGGUGACCAGUGAUGGGAGAGUCAAGGUAACAGACUAUAGCCUUUCCAAGCGGCUUGCUGAUAUCUGCAAAGAGGAUGUUUUUGAACAAACCAAAGUCCGUUUUAGCGAUGAUGCUCUUCCAAGCAAAACAGGCAAAAAAGGAGACAUAUGGAAGCUUGGCCUCUUGUUGCUGUCCCUUAGUCAGGGAAAAGUAGCUAAAGAAUAUCCAGUCAAAGUACCCAGUGAGCUGCCUGCAGAUUUUCAGGAUUUUUUGGAAAAGUGCGUGUGCCUCGAAGACAAGGAGCGCUGGACUGCUCAGCAGUUACUGGGGCACAGCUUUAUCAAUCCUCCUCCACAAAAAUGUUCCAUAAGUGAAGAAAGCCCAGACGAUUACACAGGUGUCGAUUGCACAGAGACUGUGAUACCCAGCACAUCCAUAUCAAAUGCAGCAUUCCACAUAGAAUCACAAAGGCAGCUGUCUCGCUACUUCAGUGAGUUUGAAGAAUUACAGAUGCUCGGUAGAGGGGCAUUUGGAGCAGUUAUUAAGGUGCAGAACAAGCUGGAUGGCUGCUAUUAUGCUGUAAAACGGGUUCAGAUUAAUCCUGCCAGCAAACAUUUCAGGAGAAUUAAAGGUGAAGUGACGCUGUUGUCUCGACUCAACCAUGAAAAUAUAGUGAGGUACUUCAAUGCCUGGAUUGAAAAACAUGAAAUUCCAUCUUCCAAUACUCCUAAACCUGAGACUCCAGUAGACAAGAAAGUGGUAGUGAAGCCGGAGCAGGUGGUGAAAAAUGAGUUUGGUCUAGCUGAUGACAUUGAGGCCAAUGCUCCGGCCCCCAUAAUGUCCAGCUCAGUGGAGUGGAGCACAUCUUGUGAACGGUCAUCAAGUGCACACUGUAAAAAUUCUGAUCAGGAUUCAAGUGAUGAAGAUGAGGAUGACGACGAUGAUGAUGUGGAGGGGGUCUUUUCUCCAUCAUUCUUGCCGGGGUCGGACUCUGAUAGUGAGAUUGUUUUUGAAAAUGAGGAUGAGAACAGUCCGAAUCAGGAUGAAGAUUGUGCUGUGGAAAAAUCAAAAGGACCCAAAGAAUCCCAAUCUGAAAUGUCUGUGCAGACAGUGCAUUAUCUGUAUAUCCAGAUGGAGUAUUGUGAGAAAAGCACUUUACGAGACACUAUAGAUGAAGGAUUAUAUCUAGACAACAGUCGUCUCUGGAGAUUGUUCAGAGAGAUAUUGGAUGGGCUGGCAUACAUUCACGAGCAGGGCAUGAUACACAGAGACUUAAAGCCGGUCAACAUUUUCUUGGAUUCAGAGGAUCAUGUAAAGAUUGGGGAUUUUGGUCUGGCUACAGAUCACCCAGCCUAUAAAACUGAAUCAACACAAGACGAGGACCAAAGUCAUUGUGAAUUUGCUAAGGUUGACCCAGAAGGAAAACUCACAGGCAUGGUGGGCACAGCUUUGUAUGUGAGUCCAGAAGUCCAGGGGAACACCAAAGCUUCCUACAAUCAGAAAGUUGACCUGUUCAGCUUGGGAAUAAUACUGUUCGAGAUGUCUUACAGACCUAUGGACACAAGCUCUGAAAGGAUUUCUGUACUGAGCAUGCUGAGACAGCCUUCCAUAGUUUUUCCAAAUGAUUUUGAGAAGCCAGAGACUGAAAAGCAGAGAAAAGUCAUCUCCUGGCUCCUGAACCAUGAUCCGGCAACCCGGCCCACAGCGAUGGAGCUUCUGAAAUGUGACCUCUUGCCGCCACCACAACUAGAAGAGUCUGAGCUCCACGAAGUUCUCCAUCACACCUUGGCCAAUAUUGAUGGAAAAGCAUACCGCACAAUGAUCAGUCAGAUAUUUUCUCAGCGCAUUUCACCCGCUAUGGACUACACGUAUGAUAGUGACAUAUUUAAGGGCAGUUUUUCUGUCCUAUCAGCCAGGAUACAUCAUCAUGUCUGUGAGACAGUGUGCCGUGUAUUUAAAAGACAUGGAGCUGUAAAGUUACAUACGCCAUUGUUAAUGCCUCGAAGCAAGAUGAUGUCAGAAAGUGGUGAAUCUGCGUGUUUUAUGGACCACAGUGGUAUGCUUGUGACGCUGCCGUACAAUCUCAGGAUUCCGUUUGCACGAUUUGUUGCACGAAACAACAUAACCAAUUUAAAAAGGUACUGCAUUGAGAGAGUAUUUAGGCCUCGGAAGCUGAACCGCUGUCACCCAAAGGAACUUACAGAAUGUGCAUUUGAUGUGAUUACAUCGUCUCUUAACAGCUAUUUACCAGUCUCAGAGACCAUGUACACUAUAUAUGAGAUAAUCCAGGAGUUUCCAGUCUUACAGGAAAGAAAUUACAGUAUUUACAUAAACCACACAUCUUUAUUAAAAGCCAUUUUACUCCAUUGUGGUGUGCCCGAAGAUAAACUUGUGCAAGUCUACAACAUUCUUUAUGAUGCGAUGAUUGACAAACUUACUAAAAGAGAAGUGGAAGCUAAGUUUUGUAACCUCUCUCUUUCUCAGAACAAUUUUCAGUUGAAUCGUCUUUAUAAGUAUAUUGAGCAGAAAGGAGAACUUCAGGAGCUGGGAGCCAUGAUGUCCUCGCUGACUAAGCAGAAGUCCGCAGUUGGCAUCUUGGCUAAGCAAGGUCUGAAGGACCUGGAGGAAAUUAUUGGAUUAGUCAAAAAGAUGAAUAUUAAACUUCAGGUUGUUGUGAAUUUCGGUCUGGUCUAUAAGAUGCAGCAGCACAAUGGGAUUGUUUUUCAGUUUGUUGCAUUCAUCAAACGCCGACAGAGAACCGUUCCCGAGAUCCUGGCAGCUGGGGGCCGAUAUGACCAUCUGAUUUCGCAGUUCAGAGGACCUCAGGCCGGAUCCUGUGCUCUGCCCUGUGCUGUUGGCGUUAGCAUCGCUAUAGACAAGAUCUCUGCUGCUCUAUCCAGCUCUGAUGAAAAUGUGAGCAGCUGUGACCUGCUGGUUGUGAGUGCGGGUCAGUUGUCUGUGAACAGGGCCAUCGGCAUCAUUCAGAAGCUAUGGGCUGCUGGCAUUAUAGCUGAGAUAAUGUACGACUGGUCUGAGUCACAGGAUGAGCUCCAGGAACACUGCAGAUUGUCUGGGAUUCCUUUUGCUGCUAUUGUCUCUGAUAAAGAAGGAAGUCACGUCAAGCUGAAAGCAUUCGAGAAGGAGCGUCAGACGGAGAAGAGGAUCCUGGAGUCGGAUCUUGUGGAUCACCUGUUACAAAAGCUCCGACUCAGAGGGCAGGAAGAGAGAAAUAACAGAGAAAUGGUGGACACUCUGUCUGGGCAGAACCUGAAGGGAUGUUUAAGCACACAGAGCCAGUUUGAGCCGCACAGCAGCGCAGUAAUCCCAAGUGUCAGUGUCGUGGCUCCAGAAAGGUUAUCUGCCAGUGUAAGAAGGCGUUAUGAAGCUCAGGUUCUUGCAAAACUUCAAGCUUCUAUCACAAAUUUUCAACAAAGAAAUACAGAAAUUGAAAUUUUGGCUGUUGAUUUACCAAAAGAAGCAAUACAAAGUUUAUUAUCAUUGGAGUUUGUAGAUGAACAAGCAUUUAAUGCAUCGGUGAAGCAGCUCAUGUGUAAACUGCCGAAACAGAGAUAUCUGAAGCAAAUCUUUGAUGAAAUUUAUACUAUAAAGAUAGAGAAGCGGGUGCCGAUACUGAUGCUGUACAGUUAUCGAGACGAUUAUUACAAGACUCUCUUCUAAGUCAUCUCCAGCAUUAGAUGGACGUGCAAUCUAACCAUAUAGUAUGCUCAGGCUUGAGGAUCCUUGUGCCGUUACCGGGUG